UACCUCAGCAACUUGGAGUUGGAGGUGGCCAGGGCUGCGGGGAUUGGCAUCCUGAUAGUGAUCCUGGGAAUUUCACUGCUCAUCGGCUGCUGGUAUUGUAGAAGACGAAGUGGAUACAGAACCUUGACGGACAAAAAUCUUCAUGUUGGAACUCAAAGUAACUCAAGGGAAAGAUGCCCAUGUGAAGGGCUUGGUCAUCAGGACAGCAAACUGUCUUUUCAAAACCAAAACGGUGACCCUCAGGUCCCUGAGGCUCCACCUGCUUAUGAGAGACUUUCUGCAGGACAGUCACCUCCACCUUACUCACCCUGAGAGCCAGCAAGCUACCUGAGAAAUGCUGAAAUGCUUUCCCUUACACUUUUGCUUUAACUUACUGUUGAAAUCUAAUGUUCUACUUUGAAAAGUACAACAAUGUACAUCUCUAACAAUA